GAAUCGACGAAAAUCAACGACAACGAUUUUAACGAUGGAAUAUUUUCGAGUUGGAAAUUAGGACUCGUCGUUGCAGUUAUAAUUUUAUGCUUUGCAGUACUUUAUCCAAAUUUUAUAAGUCCAAUGUUUUCAUCGUUUUUCGCUUCACGUUCAACGACGCAACAACAAAAAAUGGCACCAAAUCGACCACCGAUAUAUCCAACAAUGAAUUCACCACGGAAUCGACCUGAUAUACAUCCAGGUAUGCGAAAUAUUCAAAAUGAAAUCCCAACUACAUCGAGAGGAAAUUUCGCUUGGUUGCUUCCAAUUUAUACAGUUGGAGUUGUGGCUUUUCUAAUUUAUACAUUGGUUAAGUCUCGUCGAAAGAAACGUCGUCGAAUCGAUUAUUCCUCACAUGAAAGUGAAAAUUCUUACGAAGAUGAAACAGAUGAUCAAGACAUUGGAUUCCAUGGAAGAAAAAAACUGAAACAUCUUCAAGAGCGCUUAAAACAAACCGAAAUUGCUAUGGAAAAAAUACUAUUGCAAUUGAAUACAUUAUCAUCGGAAUCGAAAAAUAUCGACGAGAAAGAAAUAAUACAAAAAAUUGAUGAAAAUUCUGAUAAUGAUUCUGAAAAGAAAAGGAUAACUAAAGAAGUUAUUACGGAAACGAAUUUGAAAGAUCUGGAAAAAGCACUUCGCGAAUUUAAACAACUAUCAAAUAAAUAUAAGAAAAAAGAAGAAAGAAAUGAAAAAGCAAGUGAUAAUGAGAAUUUUACCGAAUGCAGUGAAGAAUAUAAUUCUACGGAUUCUACGGAUAAACGAUAA